GAUAUGUACAUUAAUAUUAGUGAGAAGUAUAAUUACAAGUACCAAAACAAAUAGAAUAAUAAAAUGGAAGAACAAAUAUAAACAAUAUUGUACGAAAAUUUAAAAAGAAGAAUUAUAUUAAAAAAACAAUUCUCAGAGUCGGCUUCAGUAUGUUUUGUUGUAUUCGAACAUGUUUAGAUGGUUUUGGUUUACCACAUAAUGUGAAUAAACAUGUAUCAAAAGAGAAUCCAAUACGACUAGAUACAUCAUAUAUGGGAUAUGAAGUUGUCAUUGUAAAAGAUGGUAAACGGGUAUGUGGAAGUGGUGGUGUAUUGGGUGCAGCUCCACUAGUACAAUCAAAAUCAUAUUUUGAAGUGAAAAUACAACAAAGUGGUGGAUGGUCUGUAGGUUUAGCAACACGUCAUACAAAUUUAAAUUUAUCAUUAGGUGGUAUGGAUGAUCAUUCAUGGACAUUAUCACACGAUGGCUACAUUAGACAUAACAAACAACAGUUAUAUAAGUUAAAUAAUGAUAUUAAUAAUGAUCAACAACAAACAUCUACAUCUACUAGUUCAACUACGUCAAAGAUACCUAGUGAAGGUGAUAUCAUUGGUGUAGCAUAUGAUCAUAUACAUUUAAAAUUCUAUUUAAAUGGUCAACAUUUAGAUGGAGCUGAUCUGAAUAAUUGUAAGGGAACAUUAUAUCCUGUAUUGUAUGUUGAUGAUGGUUCUAUAUUAGAUAUUAUAUUUGAUAACUUCACAUACCCAAUACCAAAUGGAUACGAACGUAUUAUGAUUGAACAAUCAUUAUUGUAAACAUAUUUAUAUUAUGUACGUAUAUCAUUAUAUUACUAC